AUGGAUCGUUCCAAGACUGUUCUUGCUGACAUCAGAGGACAAGCAGACAUUUACAUACAUGACGUGAGGCAAAACCCUAUCAUCAUAAUCCCUAUAGGAAACGCUAAAAUAUGUAAUAGUUAUCUGAGGAUCAUACACCCAAUUGAACUAGAGCCUAUAGAACAAGUCAUCAAUGAACUAUCAUCAAAAGCACAGGAAAAAAUUAUUUACGAUAGACUUCUGAAUCCAAUUAUAAAAACAAAGAUUGAAAAAUUGUCAUUAACAUUUAAGAAAAUCAGAACAUCCGAAAGGCGAGUUAAAAGAUGGGAUACCUUAGGAAAAGGCUGGAAGUACAUAUCAGGCAGCCCAGACGCUGACGACAUAAGACGAGUUAACGCGACUAUAAACACAAUUAUUAAUCAGGAGAACAAUCAAAUGAAAAUCAAUUCAGGACUUGAUACAAGGAUUAGGAUCAUUAUGUAUGUUAUAAAUGCACUCAUUUCAAAGAACAACAAUCUAUCAUCAGAGUUAAGCGAAGGGUUUUCAUUUGUGAAUCUAUUAUUCAACAUCGACGAGCUGACUCAACAGAUCGAGACAAUUGGGGAAGCCAUAACCUUGGCUCGAUGGAACAUUCCUAGCAGUCGCCUGAUUAGCCUUACUGAAUUAACCCUAGCCCGGGACUUCCUUAGAACUCAAGGACUUGAUGUAGCCACUGCAGAAAGCGUAUUAGAGAUUGCGAGGGCAUACAUAAUAACUACCAAAGGAUCCAUCAAGUAUGUAUUGAGAGUUCCCAAGCUUUCAAAUGAAAUCUAUACUCUUUACCAAAUCGAACCUGUCAUAUCGAAUGGGACCAGAAUUCAAAUGAACAGUCAUUACUAUUUGAACGGAACUACUUCCUUCUCUACAAGGUCAAUGUGUGAGCAAAGGGUAGAACAGUUUAUUUGCCACUCUUCACAGCUCGAACCACCACCAAAAUGUAUCCAGAAACUGAUGAGUGGAUCAUCGGCAAAUUGCCCUGUAGAAAAGGUUUACGGACGCAAUAUUAUCAAGAGAAUCAACGAUGCCACUAUUAUUAUCAACGAAGCGAGUAUCGUCUUGAAAUCUAGCUGCAGUAUGCAUAACAGCAAGCUCGAAGGAUCUUUUCUUAUCCAGUUCUCGAACUGCGCAAUCAACCUAGGCGGAGAUCAGUUUACAAACAUCAAUAUGGAAAUUCCCGGCAAGACCUUCAUCCCAACUACUGGUCUAAAGGAACUCCACAUGGUGAAUCGGGACCACAUUCAACAUCUGAAUCUUACAAACGAAAGUAUUCACACCAAGAUUCGUAUACUCCACUGGAUAUCCUUCGGUUCUAUAUCAGUUACGACCCUCGCAGCAAUUGGAAUUACGCUAGGCUAUAUAGUUAAAACGUUAGUUACCAGGAAGACAACAAUCACUAUUCAACAUGGCUAUCAGGAGACAACCCAGGAGACGGGAAAGAAUUCGUUGAAAACUGCCACGUACCAUGUAGACCAUCUUAUUCCAUAA